AUGUGCAUCAAAACACUACCCACCAAUCAAAUCCAACGCUGCGAAGCCUGGAAAGCCGAGGCUCGCCGCGUGGAGGGCAGCUGCUUCAUGUGCCGUUCCAAGCGCAAGGUCUGCAGCAUGGAGGUCGUCGUGCCCGUGGACCGCAGGGCCCUGGAGGCCAGCGACAGGCGUGUGGACCAACACUUUAACGACCUGCUGAGCAGCGCCCCCGGGAAGGCCAGGAAGGCCGAGGAGGCCAAGCAAGCUCGCCGGGACCUCCAGGACCAACAGCGGAAGCAGCAGCAGCAGAAACAGAAACAGAAACAGAAACUUCCCGUAGCACCACCGAAAAGGCCAGCACGGCCGCCGCCGGCCCUGCAACCGGGCGUCCACGUCGCCACGCAGCAACAACAGCAGGUAAGGUCGACUAAUGGCUACAGUAGCAGCAGCAACAACAACAACAACAACGGGCGGCCGGUUGGACAGCAGCGGAUCGCAAUUCCAAUGUCCAAGUACUCGACCCUGGCCAACGCCAGGCCGUCACCCAUGCCACGGGUUCCGCCACCGCCGCCGCCGCCGACCGCGCCAACUAGACAUAGGCCGACGAGGGAAAGGCGGGCUACGCAGCACCCGGCGGCGGUGGCGCGUAGUGUGUCUCCUGUCGAGGGAUGUCAUCUCAGUACAUUCACGCCGUCGCCUGUAAGUCCCGUAGCUCAAGUCAAGGUUAGGUACGGUAAGUCCUACUUUGACAUGGACUAG